ACUAGAUAGUUAGUUGUUUACUGGCCCACUUCGUGCUCAACUUGGUAUACUCUCGUACAGCUGUGUCUAUCAGGUGGUUCCUGGCGGUUAACUAGUUCCACGCGUAAUCUCCAAAAUGUCGGGAUUAUUUCAAAAACUUUUGGAUACGUACAGAUACGCUUUAGCGCAGGGAGAUUCCCGCACAGCAGACUGGUUUUUUAUGGACUCCUUUGUUCCCACAGCAAUCAUCAUGGGCGCCUAUGUUGUAUUCAUUGUUAUAGGAUUACAAGUUAUGAAGAAUAGGACACCAUGGAAACUGAGACCUGUUUUAGUUCCGUAUAACCUGUUUCUAGUUGUACUGUCAGUAUACUUAUGUCAUCAGAUAUUUCAUUCAGCCAUUGAGUCCAAGUACAACAUUAUAUGUCAAGGUGUAGAGAAAACGUCGCAUCCUCGUGUUUUCAGGAUGGCAAGUCUUAUGUGGUGGUUCCAUAUUUCCAAGAUUUUAGAGCUGAUGGAUACGGUAUUUCUAAUACUUCGUAAGAAAAAUUCGCAGGUUACUUUUCUACACUGCUAUCACCACUUCACCAUGGUUUGCAAUACAUGGCUUAGCGUCAAAUAUGCUCCCGGUGGACAAAAUUUCUUCAUUGCUCUCUUGAACUCUUUUGUCCACGUGAUCAUGUAUUCCUACUACGGUCUAGCGGCUUUAGGACCUCACAUGCAGAAGCACCUUUGGUGGAAACGUCAUCUAACACACUUACAACUGAUUCAAUUUUUUGCUAUGUCGGCUCAUAUUCUGAGUGGAGUUAUCAACGAUUGUGGUUAUCCAAUAUGGUAUGGAACGAUGCAGCUUUGCUACGUCAUCUCCCUCAUCAUCCUCUUCACUAACUUUUACAUGAAGGCUUACCUGCAGGAUUACAGGAAAUCGGCAGCGCUAGCUAAUGGUCAAAUAGACAAAAAAUCCAAACAACAUCUUAAUGGCAAAAUUGACUGAGAAUUUACUUACUUUUAACUUAUGUCUGAUCUUUCGCUUUCUUUCCAUAAUAGUUACUCUAAUAUAUCAUAUAUAUAUAACAUGUAUUUAACCAAUUAUAUCCAUAUAAAAUUGAAGACAAGAAAUGUGUAACGAUCGGUAAAAGCUGUAAAUCUGCAUUAAAAAUUAUUCGCUAAGCCUCGUCACAUUGUUAAGUACGCUGUGUCGCCCCACGUGCCUUUCAAAGUAUUUGGUUCUUUGCUACUACAAUAUAUUUCAAAAUUUAUUCUUAUUGAAAUACUUUUGUACUAGGAUGUGACAUUUUUUCGUGUGUACUUUCUGACUCCUUAUUUUUUAUACAAAAUUUGAAGCAUUUAGUAGACUUUUAAUACCCUCAAAGUGUAUGAAGUAAAAAUAUGUAUAUGUUUAGAAAGUGAUAUUCAGCAUAAUAUUAGUUUUACUAGAUUCAUUUUAUUGUAAAUAAUGUUUCCUAAUCUUUUAUAAACUAUGAUUUGACCAAAAUCUGUGCGUGUGUGUGUAUCCGCUUAUAACUGGAGAAAAACUGGACCAAUUGUCACCAGUCCUGUCAUGUAACUUUAGAGCCUCCCGAAAAGUGUCAUAGGUGGUCGACGUUAUGGAUCUCACCGCUGGUGGGGGUGUCAUAUAUCUUUCUUGUGCGCUGAACGGGUACGCCAGCUAGAAGUUAAAUAUACUUAAGCUACCAUUUACAUAUCAUUAAUAUUUCAUUACAACAGAUGUGAACCAGUUCUCUGACUCAAAUCAACUCAACAUUUAUGUUUGUGAAAAGCAUGAUUUUAUUCUUACAUUUUAAAUAAAGCAGUAAAAGGUUACGACGAAUACGAAAUACGUGCAGGUAACUAUAGAGAAGAAUAGAAGAAAACUUUUCGUGAUAAAGAACUGGUUGCUAACAUUUCUUGCUUAUUAUGUCGAUCAGACAGUUAUUAUAAUAUGCACGGGACUGGACGCCUUCGAGGCAUUUAGUCAGAAGUUUAAGAUCACUUGAUCCACGUGUUUGGUGGCAACACAUUCGAUAGUCGUGAUCGUGAGAACCUAGGCUAACUGGCCGAAACGUCGUUUCUAAAACAAACGCAGACAGGUGGUUGAACUUUCCACGAGUUAUAUCAGCGAUUUUUUUUUUCUUUUACAUGAGCACGGUAUAAAAUUGAAAGAGUCGUAUUUAACUGAAAACCCUUUGGGCCCGAAAACAAACCCGCGGUAACAAUAAAAUUUUGUGAUGCGUUCAAUCCACUGCCAUUACAGAUGUGUCUCGGUGAGCCACGUGGUAUUGGUAUACAUUGUGUUGUACCUAACUAGUAUUGGUAAUAAGUAAGCAUAGCUAAUUAAAUAUAGUUUGGUUACUUUAUCGAUAGUUUUCACCUUAUUUUAAAAUCUGUAGAUAUUUCGUACUGAAAUUCUGCUCAAUAACUCAGAACAUUCAAUAAAGGGAUAUAGCACCAUUUUACAGUAAGACAGUCCUUUGGCAUUUCCAUGUUGUACACCUGAAUAAAUGCCAUUUGACCAAGUCA